AUGCCACCAUCUUUGCCGGCUCUCGGCGCGCGCGCGGUGCCCGCGGCGCGCCAUGCUGCCUUCGAGAUCCUCGCCUUCGUCAGGUCCCGUGAACUACAUCCUGGCGACAACCCAGCGGGCACCAGCUACAUGGUCGGCUAUGGCGGUAGCUUCCCACGGCAGUGCACCACCGCGGCGCCUCCAUCAUGUCCAUCGGGGCGGACUCGUCCUUCGUCACCGCCAGAGGGGUACUCACCGACCGCUCGGUACCCGCGGCAGCCGGCAACCCCAACGCCCUGGGGCGCCAUCGUCGGCGGGCCCGAUGAGUACGACGACUUCGCCGACGAACGGAACAACUACGAGCAGACGGAGGCCGCCACCUACAACAGCGCGCCACUGCUCGGCGUCCUCACCCGCCUCGCCGGCGUCUGCGGCACCGGGUUCGAAGAGUACCAGCUGCCGCCCCCGGAGGCCGCCGCGAACCAUACAUCGUCGUCGCCGCACGACAUACUACCGCUACUCGGUGGCGGUGACCAACAGGUCGAGGAAGAUCGUCCGGGAGCUCCACCUCGGCGUCUCGGAGCUCCAUGGCCGGCUCUGGGGCCUGGACAAGGCGCGGUACGGCUACGUGCCGCCCAAGUGGCUGCCGGCGUUGCGCGCUGGGGAGAUCCGCCAGAGAUUGAGGAGAGGGACGGAGGCGUCGGGGCCGGGGAGCGGCGGCGAUGGAUGGAUGGAUGGCCACGGGCGCAAGGCGGGCGGGGCGGGGGCGGGGCAGCAGCCGACGCGGACGCCGUCUCGCCUCAAGGCCGCCAUACAGUGCCAAUUGCUCCUCGUUUCCAGGCCGUGGUUGUCGAGGACCCGGAGCCCGACGACAAGAAGGCCCAAGCGCACCCCAAGGCCUCGCCGCACCACUGCGGCCCCGACCACCUGCUGCUCGUCCUCACGCUCCCGCUCGCCUUCCUGCUCCUGCUCCUGCUCCUCCGCGGCGGCGGCGACGGCCACCACCUCGCCCUCCUCGCGUCGUCCACGGCCGCCGCCGCCGAGGGUGCAGGGCGGGUGUUUGGCCGGCCGGUGGAGGAGGUUGACCUGAGUGGAUUUCUGUCCGUGGACGCCGAGUGGUUGGCGUACCUUGGCUCCUUCCGGUACCUGAGGGUUCUGAAGUUGGCGGACUGCAAGAACGUCGACAAUGACGCUGUCUGGUCGCUCUCUGGAAUGAACACAUUAAAGGAGCUGGACUUGUCAAGGUGCAAAAAGAUCUCUGAUGCUGGCAUCAAACAUAUAGUGACCAUUGAAAGCUUGGAGAAGCUGCACUUAUCUGAGACUGAAUUGACUGACAAUGGAGUGAUGCUCAUUUCUUCACUGACAAAUCUAAGUUUCCUUGAUCUGGGUGGAAUUCUCAUGACAGACAAAAGCCUACAGUCUUUACAGGUAUUGACAAGACUUGAGCAUCUUGAUAUAUGGGGUAGUGAAACUACAAAUGAGGGAGCUUCUGCUCUGAAGUCCUUUGCAAGGCUGAUAUUCUUGAAUCUUGCGUUGACACGUAUCAACCAUUUAUCAAUUCCGCCAACCACACGCUGUCUAAAUAUGAGCAACUGCGAAAUUCAUUCUAUUUGUGAUGAGGAUUCUGAAGUUCCUGUUCCUCUAGAAAACUUUAUUGUCUCUGCAGCUACAUUUAGCAAUAUUGAUAAAGUAUUUUCUAGCAUCCAAGCAAGCUCACUGACACAUUUGGACUUGUCUAGCUGCAAGUUAAGUAACUUGUCUUUCUUGGAAAAGAUGAAAAAUCUAGAGCAUCUGGACCUUAGCUACAACGUAAUAACUGAUGGUGCAAUUGAACAUAUUGCGAAUCUUGGAACAAACUUGCAAUAUUUGAGCCUCAAGAAUACUGGAAUAACUUCACAGGCACUAUGUAUUCUGGCAGGGACAGUUCCAAACCUCACCUCACUGUCUUUAGCUAAUACAAAAAUUGAUGACUCUGCUCUAGCAUAUAUUGGCAUGAUACCUUUGCUGAGAACGAUAGAUUUAAGCCAGACAAGUAUCAAAGGUUGUGCUCUUGCCUAA